GUGAGAGAAGGGAACCCAGGCACUGGGGACACAGACAGUUCAACCUAACGUCACCCUCCCUCUGGGAAAAAGGAAACCCUAUGUGAAUGUAUGUGUGUGUGUUUGUGCGUGUGUGUGUGUGUUUCUUAAGGCAGGGACCGUUCCAAAUGUGACAGAGGUAAAGAGACAGACUACAGAGGGGUGAGUGUAGCAGACUGCACCACCGAGGGAGGGAGGAUAGAAAGAGAAGGAAGCUAGACGGGAGGCAUAAGAAAAAGGAAGAUUAUACAAUCACAUAUGGAAUAAAACGUCAUGGAUAGAUGAAACAAAACACAAAGACAAUACCAAAACCAUACAAAUCUAGUUUUACAUCUGUUUGGACAUAACUGAAACUCUGUGACUGAUUUCUAGAUAAAGACAAUACAUAAAACCUUCCAAAAUCAAGCAAUAUACUUACUGCCAUACAAUUGGUUGAUCUUCAGAACCUGCAUUCACAAUAAAACGUACUUGAGGUCUAGCAUUGCUGAAUGACAGCUGGCAGCGAUCAGUGGGGAUUCAGACAGCCCAACAAAAUCAAUCUGUGAACAACUAUAUCCAUGGGUGGAAGUACUCAUAGGACCACAGCCCAAGAUGAAGAGGACUGAAACAAUAAGUAAUAAAAUGACAGAAAGAAAGAGCCAGGGAUGAUAUGCCAUCUUUGCACAAAGAAUACCUGACGCUGGUGCCCCCAUCUGUGAAUCUGCAGUGCGUGUUUGGGGGUUCCUGCCCCUCUGUAUGGCAGAAUAAGAUGGUUAUGUCUCAGGGCACUUACACUUUUCUCAGUUGUUUUGCUGGAUUCUGGCUUAUUUGGGGGCUUAUAGUGUUGCUGUGCUGCCUUUGCAGUUUUCUGAGACGCAGAAUGAAGAGACGUAGAGAGGAGAGGUUGCGGGAGCAGAGUUUACGCUCUGUUCACAUAGAGCCACUUCAGUAUGAGGAAUAUGUUAGCAGCCCACGUAUACCUGUGUCCCAUCGAAUUAGGGCACAGGCAGCAAAUCAGCCACCACCAGCAGCAUCAGCACAAGCUCGCCCAUGGUCUGCUACCCGCAGGACUGAACCAGACUUGUCUCAGCCGCCAUGUUAUGAAGAGGCCUUGCUUAUGGCAGAACCACCACCACCCUACAGUGAGGUCCUGACUGACACUCGAGGCAUCUACAGGAAGAUCCUCAGCCCUUUUCUUACUGUUCAGGAUGAGCUUGUGAAACCAGAACAACCACUGAGCCAUAAACAACAUCUGGCAGGACCACCACAUACCCAACCUCUUCCAGGAGCUCUAAGCUCACCGAUUCCACCUAAUCCGCCUCAAGAAGCACAGAGAGUAAGGCGGCCUUCUUGGUCAGGCUCUGAAAUUGGAAGUGGGGGACUGCACAGACUGCCUAGGGGAUGCCAGCUGAUCUUCCCCAUUCCCCUGCUGGGCAGGACUACAGCUGUUUGAAACACCCUACAAGGGCGGAUCAUAUGUCUCCUAGUGGCUGUGGUCCAAAGUACUUAUGGAGGGAUUUGGGUGGGCUGUAAACUUUACAAAGUGACAGUACAGAUACUGUCCCGUAUAGCCUUUACAUUUGAUCUAUUUUACAUUUGAUCUACACUUGACAUUCUCACAAUAAACCUAAUGGGCCAUAUUUGUGUCACACUGACAAAUGGGAUAGCAGGGACGCCAAACCACAUGGAAAAGUGCAUCUGGUAUGCUCACCGAGACUUCUGAUGUACAGUCUGGACCUGAUCUCUAGAAAAAGCAUGUCCUACUUCCAGAGACACUCACAGACUGCGAGACAUCUGCAUUUAUUUAUUCAUUUACAUUUUUAGUUGCACUUACAUUUUGUGGGAUUAAAAUAUGGCAGCCAAUGCGUGGUAUGUCAGCUGCCGGCUAGGUUAUGGUAUACAUUUCUGUAUGUUGUACAUACUGUGUGUGUAAGAGAGGGUUCUGUUCUCCAUUUCAAGAUAUUCAAUACAAUUAAUCUGAAAGGGC